AUGGAUUUACCUUUCAAUUUCAAAUUUGGUGGGGGGUUUAAAACUCUUCAGAAUUUACAGAAUCUUGAUGUUUCCGGAAUAACUGGAUAUUGUGAUGUAAAAUAUCUUUCCCAAAACUUUUUCAACAAUAUUCACUAUCUAAAGAGAAUUGACUUAAGUAAUUGCAAAAUAUUUAAAGUGGAUGAAGGACCAUUUAUAAUUCUUCGACACUUGGAGAAUCUCGACAUUUCUCAUAAUGAGGAAUUAGGAUUUGUCUCUCUCCCAAACGUAACUUAUGGUCUAAAAGAGACUUCUAUUCGAACUUUUCGUGCUGACGCUAUCCGUUGUCUUAUAGGAAUAGGUACAGAGCUAACCGUGUCACAUAUCGCAAAUUUACGACAAACAAAACUCAUUGAACUCUCAUUUGCACACAACAGAAUAGAGCUAAUUGGUAAAGGGGUUUUUCCGAACAUGCCCAAAUCCCUUGAGAGGUUGUCUUUUGCGCUUAAUCGUCUUACAACAGGAAUUUAUUUAUUUGAAUUUCACACCCUGCAUAAUUUGAAGGAAUUAAAUAUGACCUUUCUUUUGAAGCAACCAAAGUAUUUUUCCUUUAUCUUUGAAAAAUGCAACGAAAACAAAGAGUUGAAAUCUCAAGAGUCAAUGAGUGCAAGAAAUUCAAAGCCAUAUUUUGAAUUUCGUCGUUCUUCAAAUAUAACAGUGUAUAUGCCACCGAAACUUGAAACAUUCAAUGCAAAUUCUAGCAAAUUGUACGGCAGAAUACCGAAAUUAAGGAUAAGUGCAAACAAUCUGAAGAAUUUGUAUGCACAGAACAAUCUCUUGUUUUCUUGGAAUCAACCUCUAUUUGGGUUUGAAAGGCUUGAAAGAGUAGAUUUGUCGAAUAACUUUUGCUCUAGUAUAUCUCCAGCUUUUACAGCAAGUGGCAAGAGACUGAAAUAUAUGAGCUUGGCCAGAAACAUGUUGGCACGUUCAAUACAAUUAGACUUCAGAUGCCAAAUAUUUAAAAAUCAACUUCAAUUAGAAGUUCUUGAUCUAUCCAGCAACAAGCUUUCGCAUUUACCAGACUGUAUUUUUCAAUCCCUGGCUAAAUUAAAAGUUCUUAAACUUAAUCACAAUCAGCUGUCCGAUGUGAAUUUCAGGAUCAAACAUAUGAUUAAUCUUUUUUCCAUCGAUUUCUCAGAUAAUCGAAUUACUACCUUUUCAGUUCAAACAAUGGAUUCACUUUCAUACAUCUUCUCUAGGACAAAAGUAUCAAUACGUCUUCUCAACAAUAAGUUGCAUUGUACUUGUAAAAACUUAGACUUCCUGAAAUGGAUGUUGCGUAACAAGGAUUACUUCUUACACGUUGAAAGGUACUUUUGCUCGGAUGUAAAUACACGUUUUGAUUUCAAUGAGUUUGAACAAUCACUACAUAGACUCAGAAUUGACUGUUUGGAUUUACAAAUCUGGAUAACUAUUUCGUCAAUAAUAAUUACUUUUGUUGUGUGUUUCUUUGUUGCACAGGUAAUCAGGACAAACAUCUGGUAUAUAAGAUAUUUCCUGUAUAAACAUAAAAGAAAAAAUGCAUGUGAUAUUGCUAGAAAAGAUGGGGCUGAGAUAUCUGGUUUAGUUUUAAAGUCAGAUGGAAUAGAUGAGUUUUCUUACGAUUCAGCAGAGGGUAAUUCUUGCAUAAUGCUAAGCACUUUCACUGCGUGA